GUAAACAGAUGACCAACCAGUCCCGAGUGUGUCUCUAUGUUCACCCUCUCUUUCUGGCUCUCUCCAUCUUCUGUUUCUACUUUUCUUCAUCUUUUCUGUAGACCUUCACUUCAUCUGCACAGCCUCAAGACUUUCUCUUAACAAGACCGGGCAAAAACAGCAAACACAUCCUCCUCCAUAAAAACUCUUGAGUCACUUUUUCGAGAAACCACCAGUCAAGCCUUCAGCUGUUUGCAGUGUCGGCGUGGGAGAAAGAAACCAUGUCUCAGCAGAUGUUGCACUUGACGUUGGUGUCCAUGUGGCUUUUUGCCGGGUACUUUCUGGCAGAGGCAACAUAUUACAACCACCAUAUGUACAACCGCUACCGUGCAAUCAAUCACAAUGCCAACAUGGACAAUCAGCUUCCUCCAGAGGAGCCUGUGGUGAUGGAACCAGUGGCCCCUCGCCAGGUCAACUUCAGUCGCGUCUUUUAUGGGAUCAUGUUUGAUGCUGGCAGCAGUGGCACCCGUAUCCACAUUUACAAGUUCAUCCAAAAAGACCCAGUGGAGCUUCCAGUGCUUGACAAUGAGAUGUACCAUGCUGUGAAGCCUGGACUGUCAGCAUAUGCAGAUAUGCCCGAAAAGGGUGGAGAAUCCAUUGUGCAGCUGUUGAGGGUAGCGAAAAAGACAAUCCCCAAAGAGCAAUGGAUACAGACACCUGUGGUUCUGAAAGCCACUGCCGGCUUGCGCCUGCUGCCUGAGGAGAAAGCCAAAGCCCUGCUGAAUGAGGUCAAAGAAAUAUUUGACGACUCUCCUUUCUUUGUGCCAAACAACAGUGUCACCAUUAUGAAUGGCAUCAAUGAAGGUGUCUUGGCAUGGGUUACAGUAAACUUCCUCACAGGUCAUUUAUAUUCCAAAACAAAGAGAACUGUUGGGAUCUUGGAUUUGGGUGGAGGUUCAACUCAGAUUACUUUCCUUCCCAGGUUAAAGAAAACUGUGCAGUCAGCUCCUACAGACUACAUUGCCAAAAUCAACAUGUUCAACAGCACCUAUGAGCUGUAUACUCACAGUUACCUUGGAAAUGGUGUAUUUGCUUCUCGACUGGCAACCCUUGGUGCUCUUGGUGCUGACGGUCUUGAGUGGAAAGUUUUCAGAAGUUCCUGCUUACCAAAAAAAUUCAGUGAAGAGUGGAGCUUUGGUGGCCUGACCUAUAAAGUCAGCGGAACCCCAGAUGGUUAUGCAGGGUAUAAACUGUGCUACCAAGAGGUGCUGCAGGUGGUGAAAGGGAUUGUGCACCAGCCUUUUGAGGUCAAAGGAAGCAGCAUCUUCUACGCCUUUUCCUAUUACUACGACAGAGCUGUAGAGUCUGGUCUCAUUGAUGGAUCCCGUGGUGGGACUCUGGAAGUCAGGGACUUCAAAAAGAAAGCCAAAGAAGUGUGCAAUAAGAUGACUAAAUACCGCCCGAUCAGCCCCUACUUAUGCAUGGACAUGACGUACAUCACAUGCCUACUGAAAGACGGAUUUGGCUUCAAGGACAGCACUGUUUUGCAGCUUGCUAAAAAGGUGAACAAUGUGGAGACAAGCUGGGCUCUCGGUGCUAUAUUUGAUCAUUUCCACAAUUUCAGCAUUCAGUAAAGCUUGCGGACUCAUGGACAUCAGUAUGAGGGGGAGCGCAGGGGAGCAAGGGGGAAUUCUUUAGUUAUCAAGCAACCCUUCCUAUUCCUCCUCCCUGUAACUCUUUAGUGAGUUGACAAACCUGCCCUGCACUACAGUCCUAUAUCACAGCGCUCUCCUCCCUCACCAACUUAACACCCAAAGAACUGUUCUCGAAGAAAUCACUAUAUUUUUGUAAAGAUGACCAAGCCAGUCUGCUAUUUCUACUGUAUGUUUACAUUUGUAAUCUGUCACCUCACCUAAGACACUGUCUGUCCAAGUUGUCAAAUUUCAAUCUAAAAUUCACCCAUUUUAAGCUCUUUAUGCUGUUGUGCAGGAUAUUGUGCAGGGGUAUACGUGUAAAAACAUUGUAAGUAGUGUAGCUUCCAUACCCUCUUCUACAGUAAUGGGUUAGUAGUAGUGCUUGCACAGUAGUGUAGUGCUGUUUUAGGAUGUGAUAAAUUAAUUUAGUGCCCAAAUAUCAAGCACGUAACACUUUAACGUAUCUACAACCGUCUAUGUGCGCUUCGGAAAGUUGUUUGGAAUAAGCAACUUAAUUUGUUUGUAAUUGGACAGGUUGGGGUAAGAAUCAAUCAUAUGGUUACUUUACACCGCCGCAUGAUUGUGGCUUUAUGUAUUAUUAAAUAAUGCAUGUAUUUAUGCUUUAAAUGCUGGGUUUGCAUAGACUCAAGGUGGAACAUUUUUUAGAUGGAGUUCAUUAACUAGGUGCUUAUUUUUAAACCGAGGUCUAACCAGGUUUUUUACACUGAAUGGCAUGCAGUUGAAUGAAUUUUCACUGCAUCCAUUAUCAAAUUAAAUAAGGUGCAAAUGCUUACGAGGCUAUAUCCUAUAAAUACUUUGAUAAAAUAUAACUACUGGUCAUAGACAGUAAGCAUUCUAUGAUACUGUUGAUAUUUUUAGGUCAACUUGCUAACAGAGUACCUUCAACCUCAUUUAUGUCAAGUUGCGUUGGUUAUUGUGGAUGGCUUGAAGUAGUUUUGGGGGCUUGUGAUGUGGAAAAGCCUUAAAAUGUUGCUGUUGCAUCUCUUUACAGAUGUUCGAGUGUAAUUGGACAGAAUAAAGUCAGACUUUGUGCUAAAUGUGACAAGUGAGUUGACAUGUUUAGGACCAGUGUCGGAAAGAGCCUUUAGCUCAUAUGGCAGUCUCAUGUCAAAUGUGUUUUUGUGAAUUAUUGUACAAAUAUUUAUUACAUGGGUACUUGCUGAAAAUGCAGUGUGGCAUGGUUGCAUUUGUUAAUCCCUUAGCUUUAUAAAGCAGCUUCAAUGUACAUUUCUAUGUAUUUUUUAAAAGUGUAUAUAUAUAUUUUUUUUCAUAGUUCAGCGCAUGAGAUGAGAUGUAUCAUGUACUGCAUUACCAUUUUAGAGGUGUUUUCUACAGCAAAUGCUAUAAAUAUGCUUUCCAGUUCAGUGUUGUGUAUGAAUUGAUAUUGUACAUGAAUAAAAAACAUGAGAAAUA